AUGGAAGAAGCACGUGCCCUGGAUUCGACGUACCCUGCCACCAAGCGCGACGCCUUUUGCAUCCCGACAUUUGGAUCCAUGGGCACCAAAUUGGCACCCAACGGUUCGCUGGGAGACCCAGUGACCUAUCUGUGUGGUAACUCUUUGGGCUGCAUGCCGAGGUCUACGAGAGCUGCUAUAAAUGACGAGCUAGACGCAUGGGCUGCGCGUGGUGUCGAGUCCCACUUCCGACAUAGCGGUGAGGACCGGGGACUGACUUCGUGGGUCGACAUCGACCUGCCUUUAUCGAAGCUUAUGUCACCAAUUGUCGGAGCACGUGACUCGGAAGUCGCGAUCAUGGGUUCCCUCACAGCCAAUCUGAACGCUUUGUUAGCCGCGUUCUACAAACCAAGCUCGUCGAGAUUCAAAAUACUUUGCGAAAAGGGCGCGUUUCCUUCCGAUUAUUACGCCUUCUACAAUCAGUGCAAACUUCACGGUAUUGAUCCUGAUUCGGCACUGGUGCGGCUUGAGCCACGCAAGGGCGAGACGUAUCUGCGGACAGAAGAUAUAUUGAAGGCUAUUACUGCUAAUAGCGAUAGUCUUUCUAUCGUGUGUCUUCCGGGAAUACAGUAUUACUCUGGACAAUUCUUUGAAAUUGAAAAAAUCACAGCCCAUGCACAUUCGUUCCCCGGCAUUGUCGUAGGCUGGGACCUUGCCCACGCUGUUGGCAAUGUUCCUUUGGAACUCCAUUCUUGGAAUGUGGAUUUUGCAUGUUGGUGUUCCUAUAAGUAUUUGAAUUCUGGUCCGGGAGCCAUUGGCGGGAUUUUUGUCCACGAUAGACAUGCCAGUGUUGCUGCUGAUCCUCUCAGCCCGGAUGUAGAAGCAAUGCCUCGCAUGGCAGGAUGGUGGGGAAACAAUCGAGACAACAGGUUUCAAAUGAAAGAAGUCUUCGAACCAAUUGAGGGUGCCUUGGGUUUCAGACAGUCGAACCCUAGCGUGAUUGAUGUCGUGGCCUUAAAGGCUUCGUUAGAGAUAUUCAAGGACUUUGGUGGAAUGCAAGCAAUCCGCCGGCGCUCUCUUCUUCUCUCAAACUAUCUGUUGAAACUUCUCCAAAGAUCCGCCUACUAUCACGAGAAGAGUACGGAUGGAGAAGGAAAAGUCGGCUUUUCAAUUAUCUCACCGCUUAACGAGACGGAACGUGGUGCACAGCUGUCUCUACUCAUUCAAUUCUCCAAAGACAAUCCGCAAGCUAACACAAUGGAGCGUGUGUUUGGUUAUUUGAAUGAUCGCGGUGUCAUUGCUGAUGAAAGACGGCCGGACGUCAUACGAAUUGCGCCUGCCCCUCUCUACAACACUUUUGAAGACAUUUUCACGGCGGUGAAACUACUCAACGAUGCUUUUAAAAGCUUAUAG